AUGCGCUUCUCUCUUUUGCUCUCGCUGCUGGCAGUAUUGCUCCUGGCCAGCACUCAGCUGGUCUCUGCUCAGCGAGAGUGGUCCAAGGAUGACAUCGAGGUGAGUCUCGCUGCCAAAGGAGAUCAAAGCUAUCAGCUUUGACCCAUCUCUCGAUCUCUAACACGCCCAUGCAACCCUUCUCGCCAAUUCUUCAGAUCUUUCAACUUCAGUCCGCGCUUGAGAAAGCUGAAGGGCCUGGUACAACUUUCUACUCGAUCAUGAAUCUCACCAAGAGCGCUACCGCUGCUGCGAUUAAAAAGAACUACAGGCUGAGAAGCAUGGAGCUGCAGUGAGUGGAGAGGACUAGCACUGUGUACACAUGCCAUUUCGUGGCAGGGAAGGGUCAGGAAUGCAUUCCCUAGCUUGACGUGGCAGGAGGUCAGGAGCUCGCGAGGUGCAUAGCGACGCUACGUGGACGAGCUUGAGGAUGUAGCAGCACCUCGAUCAAUCUCACAGCGAGCUACUCACACUCUCCGUCUCACUCUCCGUCUGUCGUGUCGUACACCCCGCAGCCCAGACAAACAUCCCGAAGAUCCAAAGGCGAGCGAGAGGUUCAAGCGCUUGGGCUUGGUCAACAAAAUUUUGCGGGAUGAGCGAAGAGACAGGUACGACUACUUCCUCUCGUGAGUAAGAGCUUCAGUACGUCAGCGCAAGCAUCACGCGCUUGCACUCACACUCUUGAUGUAUAUGAAUGCAGCCAUGGGUUUCCUAAGUGGCGUAGCCAAGUAGGCGGACUUUCAGGCUUCUACUACUCUCGUUGGAGACCAGGACUGGCGUUCGCCAUUGCUGUGGUCGUUCUAGUCACUUGCGUCUUGCAGCACAUCAUACAGCGCAUCAACUACGAGCGCGACACGAAGCGCCUGGAGCUCUUGACCGAGCACGCAAAGCUUCAAGCAUGGGGACCUUCCUUCCGAUCCAAGCCCAACGGGGUCAGACCUGAGCGCAAAGUACGAGUACCUCUCCAAGUAGAUCCUCUACCGGCGUACAACACCGAUCCGAUCGAGGAAGAGAGGACCUUGAAGAAGCUCUUGGCGCGAGGUCUGCCCGAGGGUCCUAAAGUGGACAUGAAGAUUUCCGAAAGCGGACUUUGGUUGGGGGAUGGAGAAGGCAACUGGGAAGAGAUUGGCACGCACAAGCUGGAGGUGCCUAGCGCGUCCACUUUGUGGCCUGUCAAGCUGCUCCGAAGAAUCACGGGCCCUCCUUCGGGAGCUGGCAAGUCCGCGGAAAAGGCAUACGAUGAAGCUUCGGGUGCGGCUGUGGCCGUUUCGAAGAGUGGCAAGAAGAGCAGCAAAAAGGAGUAG